AUGCCGGGGAAUAGGAACGGAAAAGUUGAAGCCAAUAUGCACAAUGGAAGGCCAACAAAGGCCAGUGCAGCUGUAUUGGAGAAGAGAAGAGAAGGAAGAAAAAGAGCAAUGGCCAGACUUCAAAGCAAGCUCGAAGAAUAUGGUGUGAAAAGAGAGGAUGAAGUAAACAACCUCCCUUUCUCGACUAUUCCUCAAAUACAAUUGAUCAACCAGAAAAACUAUUUCACGGAUUAUUUAAAGAAAGAUGAACAAUUUCGGAUGAUUAGACAAGUCAAAGAGAGGGUGUUUGAGUUUAGAUUGGCUAAGAAAAGGAAACAUAACGAAAAAACAAAAAAUCAGGAUAUAAUCACCAAGUUGAAGCACACGCCAAGUGUUGCCAGUAAUUUAUCAUCGGUAAACUCAAGUGGAACAGAAGAUGAUGCUGAUGAUGAUGCUGACACUUCCUCAGAUAAGAUAUUGAUACUUCAUCCUGGGUCGGAAAAUGUCCGUAUAGGUUUAUCAACUGACAUUGGUCCCAAAAUCGUCAAGAAUCUUGUUGCAAGAAAGCUCAAUGGCAGCAGUAUAAAGUAUGCAGAGAAAUUUGAUCCAGAAAGAGAUAUGGAAAGUUAUGAAAAUGUGAAGAUUAGCGAUACCACAUAUAUUAAUCGGAAGAAGGAGAUCACUGCAAACUUCAAGGAGAGGAUGCGUUAUUAUAAAAGACGAAUUGUGCCAAACUCUCACGAAUCAUGCAUUAAUUUCAACAGGAGAGUUGAGCCAGAGAUCAUACCUAUUCAUAAUGAUAGCCACAGUGUUGAUUAUAUAAAAGCCGAGGACGUAAAGAAAGAUUACGUGGUUGGUGAUGACGUUUUUAAACUUGAAGAUCUCGACAAAUGGAUGAUUCGUUCUCCUUUCUCUUCCUCUGGAUUUAAUGACCAUGAUUUAAGUUAUGCCACCACCACUGAUCUUUUGGGAGAUGUUGAGGUGCUUCUCUUUGAGACUCUAAAAAAGUAUUUUGGUGUCGACAAGUUGAAGGACCUUUCAGUAUACAGCUGUAUUUUGAUAAUUCCAGAUCUCUACAAGAAGUCCUACGUUGAAGAAAUGACCAGCUUCUUACUUAACAUCAUGGGAUUUCAUAGAGUGGCAUUAAUUCAAGAGGGAAUGUCCUCGACCUUUGGUUCGGGUACAAGUACUGGCUGUGUUGUUGAUGUUGGUGCUAGCACAACCAAAGUUUGUUGUGUCGAAGAUGGUAUCAUAGUUCCAAAUUCGCAGAUUGUUUUAGAUUAUGGAUCUAGUGAUGUAACGAGGUAUUUUAUUAAGAACUUGUUGUCGGAACAAUUCCCAUACAAGACCAUCAACCUAAACGACCUUUACGAUUGGAGACUUGCCAAUGAGCUCAAGCAAAACUUCACCACUUUCAACGAUGCCAAUGUUGCCGUUCAGGUGUUUAGUUUUGUUCGGAGAAAGCCAAAUAAUAAGAUAGCAAAAUAUCAGUUUAAGGUUUUUGACGAAGUGAUGAUUUCUCCAAUGGGUUUAUUCUACCCAGAUGCCUUCAUGGAAACUUUAGAUUUUAAGGAAUCCAAGCAUCCAAAUAUACUACUUGGAAAAAAGCAUCCUAAUCGGCUGGUUAGAAAGGCCGGCUUGUUUGAGAACAGAGCAGGUGUGUUCGAAGGCCUUGAAAACGAGGAUCCUACAUCUUUGAUGCAAAGCAUGGAAAAAUCAAAGGUCAUAGUUACUGACGAGAAUGUCACAUCGAUUUCGAAUUUCAUUUUAUCUCUUAUCAAGGAUGAUGAUGGAACAUUUGAAGGACUCCUGCCCCCAAAUGACAAGAAGUUCACAUUUGAUAUGAACACAAAAAUAGAUAUUGACUCAAGGACUAGAAACAUGACACCGCUUGAUAAAGCAAUUAUUGAAUCUAUUACUGUGGCCGGUUACGAAUCUAAAACCAGAUUGGAGUCGUUGUAUUCAAACAUCUCGUUGAUUGGUGGAGGUUGUAAAACGGAUGGCUUUGACUCAAUACUAGUUGAUAGAUUGAACAUCACAAGAUCACCUCUUUUGGGUUGCAAUAGACUUGAAGACAUCACAAAGCUGAUCAAAGGAUGGUAUGACGACUGGCUGGCGGAGCAGAAAAAGGAAGACAAGGGAGAAAAUGACAAGGAGAAGAAGGAGAUGUUCGUUCUUACCAAGUCGCAAAUUCAGAAGAUAUCCAAUAUAGUAUCUGAUUCACAACUUCUUGGCAUAGAAAUUCUUCCGAACGCAGGUGUUGAUCCGUCGAUUUUGAGCUGGAAGGGAGGCUCUGUUUUUUCCAGGCUCAAGAUAAUCAAUGAAUUGUGGGUUGACCAGGAAGACUGGGACAGGUUAGGAUCACGUUCUCUGAAUUAUGUCAGUCUCUUUGGAUAUUGA